CCCAGUAACAUCCCAACAAGAAGAAGCAAACCAUUAAUGGCUUCUCAAUCCACCUUGUAUCUCCAUUACUGCUCUCCGUCUCUUUCUUCUUUUCCUUCCUCAUCCCACCAUGUCUUGUUUUCUUCCUCCAUCAUUAAUCCCUCUAACCACUCCUUUCCUGGGGUGGUUUCGGCGCCGUUGAAGGCUAAAGUCAUCGUUUCACAGAAAAACUCUGGUUUCAGAGCAAAAAGCACCAGCAGCAUUUCAGAGCCCAAAACUUCAUCAGAACUUCUACGGCUGGAAGGCUUGACACUUACGAAAUUCGAUUGGAAUAAUGGGAUUCAUGAUGAGCUUAACCAAGAAGAUGAAGAAGCUUUGGAGAGCUGUGCGAUGAAUGAUGAGGUGAUCAGAGAGAGAGUGGAAGCAGUGAGAAAGAGGUUAGAGUCAGAUGAAGGAGAGCAGAGCAUAUCGGCGUCAGCUUAUCACACAGCAUUGAUGGCUCUGGUGGAAGAUGUGAAUGGAAGUGGGGCCCCUCAGUUCCCAGAAUCGCUUCAAUGGAUAAUAGACAAUCAGCUUCCAGACGGAUCCUGGGGAGAUGCAGACAUAUUUGUGGCAUAUGAUAGGCUUCUCUGUACCUUAGCUUCUGUUAUUGCCUUGACACACUACAAUGUUCAUCCUCACAAGGCCCGCAAAGGGCUAGAAUUUUUCAAAAAGAAUGUGAAGUGUCUGGAAACAGAAAACAGAGAGCACAUGACAUGUGGGUUCGAAGUGAUUCUGCCAACACUUCUCCAAUGGGCAAAAACUUUAAACGUCGAUUUGCCUGAUGACUUCCCUGCCCUCCAAGAAAUAUUUGCAAGGAGAGACGCCAAGCUCAAAAGGAUACCAAUGGAGGCUUUGCAUAGUGUGCCAACAACAUUGCUAUUCAGCUUGGAAGCAAUACCAGGGCUUCAAUGGAAAAAGCUUCGGAGAGUGAGAAGCAAAGAUGGCUCUUACUUGUUCUGUCCCUCUUCCACUGCUUUUGCUUUCACCCAAAGUAAAGACCCACACUGCCUCAAUUACUUGAACAAUGUGGCUCACAACUUUAUUAAUGGUGGAGUCCCAGAUUUCUAUCCCGUGGAAUUUUUUGAACAAUUAUGGAUUGUUGAUCGUUUGGAGCGCUUGGGAAUCGCAAGGUAUUUCCAGCCAAAGAUUAAAGAGAUCUUGGAUUAUGUUCACAGAAAUUGGAACGAGAGAGGAAUUGGAUGGACCAAAGAUUCAGAGUUGCCAGAUCUUGAUGAUACAUCCAUGGGAUUCAGACUAUUAAGAUUAAACGGCUAUGAUGUUUCUGCUGAUGUAUUCAAGACAUUUGAGAAAGACGGAGAGUUCUGCUGCUUGCCUGGACAAACAGACGAAGGAGCAACAGUGAUGUUUAAUUUUUACAGAGCAACUCAAGUUCAAUUCCCAGGAGAGACUAUUCUUGAUGAAGGCAACAACUUUGCCACCAAUUUCUUGUCUGAAAAACGAGCUGCUAAUCAGAUUCUUGAUAAAUGGAUCAUAGCCAAAGAUCUACCUGGCGAGGUGAGUUAUGCAUUGGAUUUGCCAUGGUAUGCAAGCUUGCCUCGAGUAGAGACUAGGUUUUACUUGGAUCAAUACGGUGGUGGAGAUGAUGUUUGGAUCUCCAAAACCCUUUACAGGCUGCACAAAGUCAGCAAUGAUGAUAAUCUAGAACUUGGAAAACUAGAUUUUAACAAGUGCCAAGAGUUGCAUCGCAGAGAAUGGAAAAGGGUUCAAAAAUGGCACUCAGAAUGUGGGCUAGGAGAGUUAGGAUUGAGCAGAGACAAGCUUCUUGUGGAUUACUUUUUGGCAGCAGCAAACAUUUUUGAGCCUGAGAGAUCUCAAGAACGACUUACUUGGGUCAAAACUCUUGCUCUCGUUGAAACUAUUACAUCCAAAUAUCAUGACCAAGACCAAAGAAAAGCCUUUGUGUCUGAAUUCUAUAACACCAGUUCUUCCUUAUAUCAACCAUGGAUGAAUAAAGACAGAAGCAGCAGGGAGAGGCUAUUGGGGACUUUACUAGAAACUUUGCAUUCCUUCUCUCUGAGCUCACCUUCUGGUAGUUUUGAUAUUCUUCAAGAUGCAUGGAAAAAGUGGCUGUUAGGAUGGCAAAAGGAAGGAGAUAAGUGGGAUGGAGAAGCAGAGCUGUUGGUGAACAUGAUUAAUAUUAACGGAGGCCACCAACUUUUUGGUGACUUACAGCUCAAUCCUCUAUACCAGAGACUGGUCCAAGUCUCUAAUCAACUUUGCCAUCUAUUACGUUCUCUCCAAAGCACCAAGGAAAACAAUAACAAUGGAAGCUAUAGGGUCAAACUAGAAAUAGGGCAGAAAAUGCAAGAGCUGGUGCAUCUGGCGCUGUCUUCUAAUGGCAUGGAUCUGAAUAUGAAGAAGACAUUCCUCACAGUGAUCAAGAGUUUUUACUAUGCUGCUCACACUGAUCCACACACUGUCAAGUCUCACAUUGAAAAAGUCCUCUUUGAGAGAGUCAUGUAACAUAUCUGUAAACAGGGCUAAAAAGACAAGAAUGCCCUUAGUUUUCAUGUUAUAGGUUUGCAUAUUUACCACUAGACUUUCACUAAUUCUCAAGUAGAGGUUCACAUAUUCACAAAUAUAGCUUCAAAUAUUUAGAAUUGUAUGUUCGCACACAAGUUCAGGUUCACAAUUAGUAAAUAUAUGAACCUAUAUUUGUGAAUUAAUGAACACUUGGUAGUAAAUAUGUGAACAUACAUUUAUACCAAAGGUAUUUUCAUCUUUUCA